AUGCCAUCCGCUUAUGCCAGUGCUCGUGUCAACUCGGCAUGGGACAGAGAGGAAUUGCUCCAUCUGAUUGAGGCCUGGGAGGAAGUCGUGGACGACCCGAAGGACCGGCUACUGCUCUCCACGGGGGAACGCGCCACGCUGCACGCGCGGUUCUGCGCCAUCUCGGGCUCGAACAAACGCAGUUUAUCGUCGGUAACCCGUCAGCAUCAUCGACUGUGCACGUCGUACCGCCUCAUUGUGUCCACCAACAAGAAAAACCUCAAAAAAGGAGCCCUCGGGUGGUUCGAUCUGUCGGCCGCCGAGCAGCACGAACUGCGUCGGGUGCACACGAAAAAGGAGAAGGGGAUGACUAAAAACGUCGAACCGGAAGAGGAAGCGGACGCUGUCGACACUCCGAAAAGCGCGUGGACGACACGCGAUUGGGCGUUAUUUGUCGACGCAUGGCAAGAAGCUGUGGACGACUUUAUCGACUACGGCAACGAGCCGGACGAGAAGGUUAAGUUGCCCAACUGGCUGAUCCGCCAGAAGUUCGUGGCUCUUGGAGGCCCGCAGGAUACGACGGUGGGGUCCAUUACGGCCAAGAAACGCUGUAUCAUUCAUUCGUACAACUUCAUCCGCCAAUGUGUCACUCAGCUGGAAGAGCUGGACGGCUCGGAUUGGUUCGACCACACGUUCAACGAGCGAUUCCGCUUGCAACGGAAGCUCGUGAGCCCCAAGUCCAGUCAACGUGUGGGCUGUGAGAUCGACCGUGAGACGUACAAUAAGAUACGAGCUGUACUCGCGAAGGAGGAGGUACUGGGGAGAGUGACGGUCUCGGGGCACAAACGGAAGCGUGGCCAGAAGAAACCUCGCAACGCGUCGGUAUCGUCGGAGGAUUCGCUGGAUUCAGCGCCGCGGUCGCCCAGUCCCUCGCCGUUGCUAGAGGCCCAGAAUGCCCGCUUCGAGCAACUUAUGCACGAUCUGCGUGAAGAGAGGAUGGAGGAACGCAAACAGAACCAAGCAAUGUUGCUGGAGAUCCUGCACCAACGCAACCCGCCGGAAGAUCCCAAUCAGAAUGUGGACUUUAUGGAAUCUUUGGUGGGGAAGCAACAAGAACAACUUAUGGAUCUAUUCGCACAGAUGCACAAGGAGCGGCAACAGGAGAGAGAAGACUUCCACGCCUUGCUGCGUCAACUGCACGCGCGGUCGUAG